AUAUUCAUCCAUCCCAAAUUUUGAGGUUAUGUGAUUAGUAAAUUGUCAGCCUGUGGAAGUGUCGGCGUGUUACUAUUAUCACAGACCUAAUUUUAAUACAAUUUGAUUCCUGCUCACCUCCCUAAAAUGGCUUUUUAUGAUGAUAGGCGAGGACUUGAUGAUUAUGAUGACGAUUACCAUUACGAUACAGAUUAUGGAAAGCACGAUUCUUCAUCUUAUCCGAUCAUGCCAGACAUCAUCAAGAAAUUUAUCCUUCAUUUUAGGGAUGUCAUUCAAAAUGGGAGUAUAUCUGACAAACAAACUCUUUACGAAAGCACUUUCCCAAAAUUGACAGAGCAGUACUACGAUAACAGUCCAUGGCCAACAGAUAGAGAAAUCUUGAAAGAGCUUCCAGAAAUAGAAAACAGCAAUGAUGAUCACAUUUUUCUUGUUCUAUACUCAGAACUUUGCUACAGACACAUUUACGCAAGAGUUCCCGGAGGUCCUUCUUUGGAGCAGAGAUUUGAAUCCUUCUACCACUACAGCGCUCUCCUAGAUUGGAUUCUUUCGUCACCGGAGCCGGUUCGAUUGGAACUCCCUGAUCAAUGGCUUUGGGAGUUGAUUGAUGAGUUCAUUUAUCAAUUUCAAUCAUAUGCACAGUACAGAGCUCGUCUGCACCAAAAGUCACCCUCAGAACUUGAAAAGUUGGAGUCAGCUUCAAAAAUCUGGAAUGUUUUGAGUAUAUUGAAUGUCCUGCAUGUGUUCGUCGAUAAAUCCAACAUUAAACAACAGUUGGAGGCUCAUGCUAGUGGCAACAAACCUGAAUCCGUUGCCGGGGAAUUUGGAUGUCAUCCGCUGUACAAAAUGCUUGGAUAUUUCUCAUUAAUUGGUCUCCUCCGCGUCCAUUCACUUCUUGGCGACUACUAUCAAGCCAUCAAAGUCUUAGAGAAUAUAGAACUAAAUAAAAAGAGCCAUUACACGGAUGUCCCUGCAUGCCAGAUCUCAACAGCUUACUACGUUGGAUUUGCGUACAUGAUGAUGCGGCGAUAUGCAGAUGCAAUUCGCUCCUUCACAUCCAUUCUCCUCUACAUCCAAAGUGUCAAGCAGCUUUUCCAGACUCGAACUUAUCAAAACGAUCAGAUAAACAAGCAAACAGAGAAAAUGUACCAUCUUCUGGCAAUUUGUCUAGUGCUCCAUCCCCAGUGCAUCGACGAAUCUAUUCAGCAAGUGCUUCGAGAGAAGAACUACCAUGAAAAAAUGUACAAAAUGCAGUAUGGAGACACCAACGAAUUUGAAUCCUGCUUCAUGUUCGCGUGCCCAAAAUUCAUUUCUCCAGGUUCUCCGCCCCUUGAUGGGCCUCCAGAAGAUCACUCAAAGAAAGCACUGAAGUUCCAAACAGAAGUUUUCAUGGCUGAAGUGGCCCAACAGAAAAUGCUGCCCAUCAUUCGGAGUUAUUUGAAGCUGUAUACCACACUCCCGCUUACAAAAUUAGCAACGUUCAUGUCUCAAGGAGUACAUCAGUUCGGAGAUGACUGGUCGCUAGACAAAGAGGUGCAAGCUCUGACAACGCAUCUACUUUGCUUCAAGCAUAAAAUGAAGAAUGUCGUUUGGGUCAAAGGUCCUUCUGGUUUAGACGGCAGUUUCCAAUCUGGAUCGGAGUUGGACUUCUAUGUAGAUGGAGAGAUGGUUCACAUUGCCGACACCAAAGUAGCCCACCGGUACGGCGACUUCUUCAUCAAGAAAAUCCUGAAGUUCGAAGAACAGAACAACAAAUUGCGGUCAUUGAAGAUCAGCAAGGACUGAAUUUAAGUUCUAUCUGAAUUUCUUUGAUUAGUGUUAAGGUCAGUUUGACGCUGGAAUAGAGUUUUUGAAACUGCAGGGUCAGUAUUUUCGAGCAUUACUCAAGUUUUGCAUUCGAAGAUUGGAUAUCUAACUGAAGUUAGCACUGUGAAGUACAUUUUUUUAAGUUUUAUAAUAAAUAUUUGUAAAAUUUAA